GUUCCAGAGACGCUUCAUUGGCUGCAUUCCUCCGUCUCCCAUUCCCUGCUUUCAUGAAUUGGCUUGUCAAUCAAAGGGCUAUUAUGUUUUCUUCCUGGUUAGCUGCAGAGUGAAAGAGGAGCAACGUUCGGCAUAUUUCACACUGAUUAGUGAAAGGGGAGAAACCAUGUGGAAGUCACAUGAGCGACAAGGAUGAGGAAAAAACAACUGGGAGAGGACUGCUACCGCCUAACUUGUCAAUCCGACUAGUGAUUUGCUGCUUCCGAAGCUUGGCAGGGACAGCCUAGCAGCCCCUGACUCACCCUCUACCCACACAUAUGCAAUGAACAGCACUACUCAGCCCCCUGCCCCCAUAGACAGGGAUGUGGCAGUCAGCUCAUUGUUGGUACCAUUCUUCCUGAUCACCUUCAUCGGGAUAGCUGCAGCUGUGGUGCUGUAUGUGCGCAAGAAGAGAAGAAUUGACAGGCUUCGGCACCAGUUGCUUCCAGUCUAUACUUACGACCCCUCUGAAGAAUUACAUGAAGUUGAACAGGAAAUGCUGUGGAAAGAGGAAGAUACUAAGGUGGUGAAGGGUUGGGCACGAUCAUACCAGCAGCAAAGACCCCUGUUGAUGAAAGAUACCCAUGCAUGAGUGUGUUUGAGCAGGACAUAGAUCUGUGACAUCAUACAGAUCAGUGGAGUUAACCCUUGAGAUGCCAGAUUUGUCAGUCAUUCAACAUAAAGGGGUUUUAGGAAAAGCAUGGAGCCUGUCAUGCAUUUGGCAUCAUGCUCCUCCUCAGUCAUCAUCUCUGUUGGAGCAUUUACUUUGUACAGCGUCAGCCUUUAAGCUAAGAGGAGGUUGGUUAUUAUGUGAUUGUGAACCUCUGAUACCAUGCCCCUGUGCUCGAAAGCUGCGACAUACCCUAAACCACGACGUUGGCUAACUACUGGUGGACAUUUAUUUAUUUGAGAUUAUUUAUUCAAGUUUUUUUUAAACAUUUUUUUACUGUGUUUGUGUGUGUCAUAAUGUGGGCGUUACUGAAACUAAGAUGGUGCCAUCCAUCCAUCCAAACAAGACACUGGUGUUACAUUUGCCUUAAAUGUCUAUUGUUUCCAGUGAGAUUAGCAAAGCCUUGACCUUGGGUGAGAUGCUUACCGUUGUACUACUAGUUUUAGUGGUGUAAAAUUAGGUUACUAUAUCCCUCACUAUUAAAUGUAAUACACAGAAGGUAUGCAAUCAAUCAAUUUGAUUUCUUAAGUUGCUGUUUUGUUUCCCUGUUUGUGGCACUUUGAAUGCCAUUAUGAAAGCAACCAAAACAAUACCUCCUCCUCGUCAUCAUACAGAUACUGUAUGUUAUGAUGAAAAGGUGGUGAAAUCAGAAGGAGGAUGUAUAUAGAGAGAAGAGAUGGCAAAUGAAUGUAACUAGUCAACCAACCUCCCCCUACCCCACCCACUCCUCUCCACUAUUUAGCUGUGACUACUGCCCUAAAAAUGUCCUGUUGGGAAGACAGGGCACCAGGAGGAUUGUUCUUCUAGCAGAAGAAUCUCUUUUGAAGAAUACCAUAGGCCUGACUGUAUACAGUACUCAGGAAACCUCAGCCACCCAUAUUUUUAAAGAAAUAUGUGACCAGUGAUUCAUCCUUGAAUUAUAUGUGCUCUAAGUUACCCUCCUUUCCUCCUUGCAUUUGUGAAUGUCAUGUAUUUAGGAUGAGAAGGAUGAAGUCUACCAUUGAAAGCAAUCAUCUUAUCAGUAUAUGUACAGUAUGUUGGAAUCCUCUUGAUAAGAAUUUAAACAUACACUGUGUAUACAAAGCAUUAACAACACCUUCCUAAUAUUGAGUUGCAACUUCUCAGAACAGCCUCAAUUCGCCGGGGCAUGGACUCUGCAAUGUGUCGCAAGCGUUUCACCGGGAUGCUGGCCCAUGUUGACUCAAAUGCUUCCCACAGUUGUGUCAAGUUGGCUGGAUGUCUUUUGGGUGGUGGACCAUUCUUGAUAUACACGGGAAACUGUUGAGUGUAAAGAACUCUGCAGCGCUGCAGUUCUUGACACACUGGUGCACCUGGCACCUACUCCCAUACCCCAUUCAAAGGCACUUAAAUCUUUUGUCUUGCCAAUUCACCUUAUGAAAGGCACACAUCCACAAUACAUGUCCAUACACAACACAAUCCAAGGCUUAAAAAUCAUUCUUUAACCUGUCUCCUUCCCUUCAUCUACACUGAUUUGAAGUGGAUUUAACAAGUGACAUCAAUAAGGGAUCGUAGCUUUCACCUGGUCAGUCGAUGUCAUGGAAAGAGCAGGUGUUCAUAAUGUUUUGUACACGCAUUGUACAUCAGGUAUUUACAUUUAUUUUAAUGUGGAAUUGAAACUUUUGACAUGAAUAGUUGACUUUCUCCUGAAUGCGAACUGCUACAUAUUACGCUCCACUAUUUAUAAAGUCUAUGAUUUAAUUCCCAUGCACAUUAAACAUAUACAGUUGGAAGUUUACAUACACCUCAGCAAAAUACAUUUAAACUCAGUUUUUCACAUUUCCUGACAUUUAAUCCAAGUAAAAAUUCCCUGUUUUAGGUCCGUUAGGAUCACCACUUUAUUUUAAGAAUGUGAAAUGUCAGAAUAAUAGUAGAGAAUUAUUCAUUUCAGCUUUUAUUUCUUUCAUCACAUUCCCAGUGGGUCAGAAGUUGACAUACACUCAACCGCACAUGUCCCCAUGUGUGGUUGCAAACCGUAGUCUGGCUUUUUUCUGGCUGUUUUGGAGCAGUGGUUUCUUCCUUGCUGAGCGGCCUUUCAGGUUAUGUCGCUAUAGGACUCAUUUUUACUGUGGCUAUAGAUACUUUUGUACCUGUUUCCUCCAGCAUCUUCACAAGUUCCUUUGCUGCUGUUCUGGGAUUGAUUUGCACUUUUCGCACCAAAGUACGUUAAUCUCUAGGAGACAGCGUCUCCUUCCUGAGCAGUGUGACGGCUGCGUGGUCCCAUGGUGUUUAUACUUGCGUACUAUUAUUUGUACAGAUGAACGUGGUACCUUCAGGCGUUUUGGAAUUGGCUCCCAAGGAUGAACCAGACUUGUGGAGGUCUACAAUUUGUUUUCUGAGGUCUUGGCUGAUUUCUUUUGAUCUUCCCAUGAUGUCAAGCGAAGAGGCACUGAGUUUGAAGGUAGUCUUUGAAAUACAUCCACAGGUACACCUCCUAUUGACUUUAAAUGAUGUUAAUUAGCCUAUCAGAAGCUUCUAAAGCCAUGACAUCAUUUUCUGGAAUUUUCCAAGCUGUUUAAAGGCAGUCAACCUAGUGUAUGUAAACUUCUGACCCACUGGAAUUGUGAUACAGUGAAAUAAACUAAACAAUUGUUGGAAAAAUUGGUGUCAUGCACAAAGUAGAUGUCCUAACCGACUUGACAAAAUUAUAGUUUGUUAACAAGACAUUUGUGGAGUGGUUGAAAAACAAGUUUUAAUGACUCCAACCUAAGUGUAUGUAAACUUCUGACUUCAACUGUAAUAAUGCAUUUGAUUAAAAUACAUUGCACUGUUUCAAACAUGGCAACCCUGCUUACUAUUAACAGUUUCUUUGGGGAAUUGCCAUGGUGAAUUCUGAAGAAAUCCAGAAUAUAAACUACUGAUGAAAAUAAAAAAAUUUAAAUGUAAUUUUGACUGUUAAAGGUUUCACACACUUGUUAAAAGACUGAAUAUUUGUGUUGCUUGAUUUUACUGUCCAUAAAGUAAACUUGUAUAUAUCUUAGCGAGUUUAUGGACUUUUUAUGGAUGGUCUGGAUGUAACGUAGAGCAAAAAUAAAAUGGAAAGAGGAGUACAUA